AUGAGAAGCCCCGAAACACUGUUUAGGUGCUAUGGCGAGUGUGUCAAGAUUAAAACUAAGAGGUUCAAGCUUAAAAAUGCAUUAGCAAUAUUAUUUAGCACAAAAUGCGCUCGAUGCAACCGAGUAUUACGGCCAACAGAUUUUGUUUUUCGUUGUUUCAACGAUACUUAUCAUGCCGAAUGCUUUUCAUGCAUUUACUGUUCACAGCCACUGAAAAAGGGUGACCAAUAUUUGGUUGUCGAUGGACAAAUUAUUUGCCGUAUUGAUUACGAGAAUUAUGUUUGUGGUCGAAAUAUUUCACAGGGAUAUUAUGAUAUUGAUUCAGAUGAGCGAAAUCAAAAAAUUCCAAAACGGCCGAGAACCAUACUAAAUACGUCACAGCGAAAGGCAUUCAAAGCAGCUUUUGAUAAGAGUUCAAAACCCUGCAGAAAGGUACGUGAACAAUUAGCAAAGGAGACUGGCUUAAGUGUUCGAGUAGUUCAAGUUUGGUUUCAGAAUCAAAGGGCAAAAAUGAAGAAACUGCAAAGAAAACAAGAUGUAGGUAAAACUGGAUGUGCGACGUCUUCGGAAACUGAUACUAAAUCUAUUGAUGGUUCAAAAUCAAAUGGUGAUUCAGAUGAGGAUUUGGAUACAGAUGGUGAAGAAAUUCUAGAACCAGAAAACAGUUUAGAUGCCAAAGUAAAGUGUGAAAAAGACGAAAUCAGUAGUCCGAUAGAUAAGUUGUAUAACAUGCAGUCCACCUAUUUUGCCUUCUCCUGA